AUUAGCAUCUUUACAGAACUAUUCUUUGUUCGCCACGGGAUACGACGCAGGUUGACGCCGUAACGACGUGUCGAGAGACGCAUCAUUGAGUCGGCCGCGUGUGAUGCAACGCACGCAGGGCUGCUGCUACUAUCGUCUCGCGUUAUCUCGCGCGACCGUCUCGUGGCAAUAACGGCGAAAAUGUUCGGGAAAGUGCCACCGUCAAAUACACCGGGUCCGCCUAAUAAUAACAACGGCGACCAAACAUCAGCCAAGUCGUGCAUCAGGCCGGCGACGACGGGCACAGCGUCGUGUCUGCCAUGCUUCUCGGUGGAGGAGACGCCGACAGUGAACGCCGACGACAAGGUGAGACCUUGGCGACCGACGAAGGACAACGCCGACGAUUCGUCCGCCGUGGUCUCCGAGGCUCCUAGCAACUCUCUGCAAUCGCCCGCUAGCUUGUUGGACACCACAUCCGUCGCGAUGGAAUCCCCUAAACCUUGCAGGACUGAUGAAAUAACGACAACCUGUGCAACCGCUUGUUCCAAGACUGCGGCCAAGUGUUUGCCGAAAGAAGGUUUGUCGCAAAUCACGACGACCACAGUCUACUUCGAUUGCGAGAAACCUUAA